AUGCUGUGUUGUUUGUCUGCUAAAGCACGUGAACAGAAACAAAGAAAUCGAGAAAUUGAAAAACAAUUACUUCUUGAUAAAAAAAAUCAACGACGAGAAUUGAUAUUCCUGUUAUUUGGUGCUGAAGGAUCUGGUAAAUCAACACUUAUGAAACAAAUGCGUAUUAUUUAUGGUACAGGUUAUUCCGAAGAAGAUAAACGUUCAUUUGUUAAAUUUGUUUAUCAAAAUAUAUUCAUGGCAGUGCAAUCAAUGAUUCGUGCUAUGGAUACGCUCAAAAUACAAUACAGAGAUAAAAGAAAUGAGCAAAAACAUGCUCCACUUGUCCGUUCAGUUGAUUAUACAACUGUGACAAUAUUAGAACCUCAAUAUUUUGAAGCUAUUAAAAGUCUUUGGAGUGAUCCAGGAAUAAAAGAGUGCUAUGAUAGACGAAGAGAAUAUCAAUUAAUAGAUUCAGCUAAAUAUUACUUGGAUAGCAUCGAUCGAAUUGCUGCGCCAUAUUAUUUAUCAACUGAACAAGAUAUCCUAUGUGCUCGAAUCCUUAUUAAUGGAAUUACUGAAUAUUUAUUUGAUUUUGAAAAUAUUACUUUCCGAAUUAUUAAAAAUGGUGCACGAAGAUCAGAACAUCGAAAGUGGAUUCGUUACUUUGAUAAUGCCUUCGCAAUAAUAUUUCUUGCCGCAUUAGAUGAAUACGAUCAUGUUCUUGUUGAGUCUGACAAUGAAAAUCAAAUGGAAGAGAGUAUAGCAUUAUUUCGUACAAUUGUAACUAAUCGAUGGUAUAUGAAGUUUCCUGUGAUUCUUUUUUUGAACAAAAAAGAUUUACUCGAAGAAAAAAUCAUGUAUUCACAUUUGGUCGAUUAUUUUCCAGAAUUUGAUGGUCCUAAACGUGAUGCACAAGCUGCACGAGAAUUUAUCCUUAAAAUGUAUGUCGAUCUCAAUUCAAAUAGUGAUCGGAUUAUCUAUUCACAUUUUAGCUGUGCAAAUAAUGCAGAUGGUGAUGGUGUCCAAUUUUUAAUUACUUCUGCUAAAGACAUAAUUCUUCAAUCAAAUCUAAAAGAAUAUUCGCGCAAUUAG